CGAAUGAAUUCUGCGACAAAACUGUCAACUGUUACAUUCUAAACUGACCUAGAUCUAUAUAUUUGCUAUUAUUAUCAGCUAUGGAAGUUCUAACAGAAAGGUUAUCGAGAGGAACUUUGCAUCAUCUCCAGAAGUUGGAGCAGCAAGCCCAGGACCUGAGACAUGGCUCCAAGACCAGGGCCAAGCAGGAGAGGAUGCUGAGGGACCUUCAGAAAGCGGUGCACCAGCUCCAAGAGAGGAGGGAUCUCCUCAAGGUCCAGAUUGCAAACUCACCAAACAAGGUUCUGGGCCCGAUCUUGCAGAACACAGAUUCUGAAGACAAGAAAGCCUUGGUGAUGGCCGUCAAAGAAACCAUGAAGAGAAUGGACAAAAAGACUCUCAAAGGUGCUGUGACCGAAGCCACCAAGCUUAAACAGAGGGAACUGUCUGUGUCCUAUAGACUCACAGGCUGCACAAUUCACAAGACAGACGGCAACAGCGUGCGGGUGAGAUGGGACACCUUCGACCGGGGGCAGUACUUCCAGCCGUAUUACGCAGUCAUAUCCCUCAACUCUGCCAAGAGUCUACACCUCGUCAAGCAUAACCUGCCCUAUUUCCUACCGAUCAAGGACUUUGAGACGAAGCACCUCAACACAGACAUGCAGGCCUUCGUGCAGGUGGUCGGCGACAGUCUCAAUGCAUUCGUUUCAAGAAGGCAUCAAGUGGAGGAAGCAACAGAGGAGUGCCAGAAAUUUAUCCGAGGGGAGAUCACAUCUAGCAAUGCUUUCAACAACAUUGAUCUGACCUUAUCGAGUUCCGGACAGACUUGUUUUGAUGUUCAGCUUUUCUAUGAUGACCUCAAAGGAAAUAGACCCACUGGUGUUACCGUCCAUACACACGGAGGCUUGUCCAAAGCGCAGAUCAGGAACAUCAAAGAAAUCUUCUCUCAACAUCGGAUAUCAGAAGCCAUACAACAGAUACCACAUUCAUAAAAGUGAUAUAACCUUACUAUGCUUGUUGCCACCGAGGCCCUUGUAGCAAACUGAAAUCCCUAGCUUCCAUGGUUGAACAUCAUUAGUUCAUUAUUCUGAAUACAGUAGUUUAUUUACAUAAUUGUUUGUGCAGCACUGGCAGUCUUUUAUGUCGAGUUGCCAUCUAACUAAGUUCCCAACUAAAUUGGUACUUAAAUAGGAACUUAAAUUUAUUUUUGUGAUGUGCGUUAUAUAAGAAUAGUUUAUUAUUAUUACUAUUAUUGUUAUUCAUAAAACCUUACUAAGAAUCUUACCAGCUGGUACUGCACUAGGGAGGAUGUAGUUGCCAUCUUGAGAAUGGAAUUACAUGCACUUGGGUAUAGCAGACUUUAGUUGAAAUGGGGGAAUGUGAAGAUGACACCUUUUCAGGCUAAUUUCCAUAGCUCUUUGUUCAAAGCUUUUCUCUUUUUGCAAAUUUAAAUCUUUUAUUCAACCUUCAUGAAACAAAUAACAGUGACAAUAUACAAGAUAAUGGAUAGGACCCCUAGGUCUAGGCAGCAGAAUUCUGCUAGUACUUGGGGCCAUGUAAUGGACAAGAAGAAGAUAGGGAACAUACCAGUAAAUCAUCUUAAAAACUUGCGUGAUACAAGCACGCACUUACACAACACACACACACACACAAGAAUAGAAAUGAGAGAAAAAAAUUGAAUAAAAAGAAAUAAAAGUAGAAGAAAGAAAGGAAAGAAAAGUACCUACUCAGCAAUUUAUAUCAUUCUUUGAAAGUACUUUUUUGUACAUUGAUGACCAGGGCAGAACGUAUUAGCACGAAGUUGAAAUCGCGACCACAAAGAAACUAAUCACGCUCAAACAUUCUAGCCAUCAUACUGCCUUAUAGCCUCAGUAAUUUGACUCCAUAUCAAUGAUACCGGUCGCAAUACCCGCACUUGAAGGUGCGCAGAUGAAUUGUAACAUUCUUUUAAUUCAAGUUUGGAUUCUUAGUUUCUUUCUCAUGGUAGCCAUGAUGUUCAAUAAAACUUUACAAAGUCGUCGCUCAUAUUGGCCCAGCUAUCACCGAAUUGAUAUCCAUGUUAAAGUCCCAAUCCCACUGUUCUGCCACCAGUGUAACAAAUUUAUUAAAACUAACGAACACUGCUCUAGAUCUCGCUGCUCUUGUCUCUUCUCACUCAGUCUCUCUCUCACCCUGUAACCAUCCAUGCAUGUACAAAAAGUAUAGGUGACAGAAGAGAUGGAGUAGAUGAAGUACAUCGAUCUUACCCUCAUUCUUUUUCGUUUUUCCGCUGCUGGCCGAUGCUGCUUUCUUUGACUUUUACUCUUGGAUUCGUCAUUAUCACAUCUAAUGUUCCUUGGAAUCGCGUC